UUUGCUAUCUCAAGUUCUUAUCCAACACGCGCAAAGCAAUGGAACUUGAGGACUUGAUGAUCAUGGCGGCCGCGCUGCUAGGGUUCAUCUUGCUCUUCAAAAACCUGCUCGUCUUUGUACGAUGGCUUCAUGCCACAUUCCUUAGGAAGCCGAAGAACUUGCGCGAGUACGGCUCGUGGGCUGUCAUCACCGGCCCCACCGAUGGCAUCGGGAAAGCCCUAGCCUUUGAGCUUGCAUCCAAGGGCCUCAACCUCGUGCUCGUGGGUCGAAACCCUAAUAAGCUCGAAGCCACCUCAAGCGAGUUGAUGCAGAGAUACGAAAAAGAGAUCCAGGUCAAGACCGUAGUCGCCGACUUAGCAAAGCUGAGUGGAUUGGAAAUAGAGGUGGCGGUUGCUGAGGCGACCGAAGGGCUCGAUGUUGGGGUGGUGGUGAAUAAUGCCGGAGCGGCUUACGGUCAUCCAUAUGCGAAGUACUUUCACGAAGUGGAUGAUGAAUCGAUGGAGUGCAUAUUGAGAGUGAAUGUGAACGCAGCGGUGUGGGUAACGAAGGGAGUGAUCGAUGGAAUGUUGAAGAAGAAGAGAGGAGCGAUUGUGAAUAUUGGCUCUGGUUCCACCGUUUACGUCUCUUCGUUUCCUCUUCAAACCUUGUAUGCCUCAACCAAAGCUUUUAUGGCAAUGUUCUCAAAAAGCGUCGCUCUUGAGUACAAGGACCAAGGGAUCGAUAUUCAGUGCCAGGUACAUGUGUCAUAAUUUGUUAUACAAUGCGUAGAUAGAUGUCAAACUUUUUCAGUGCAUAUAUGUGGGUGAAUGAUCAACCUUUAACCUCUUUUCAAUUUGUGUAUAUUGUGUGAUGA